AUGUCCUUCAUAGCUCGCUGCUGCGGCUAUGGCCGCAAGCGAGGCGACGACACAGAGCCUCUGCUCCCCCGCUACGAGGACGACACCGCUCGCGAAAGAGCUCUUCAUCAGAAGUUGCAUACAUAUCAGAUGCUGCGAGCCAUCUCCCAAGGUUAUAUGCCCUCCAACGAGCAGACCAUUGUCAACUUGCGGACGCUCCUGGCAUCGGACGUCCUAAAUGCAAACAACAAAGAUCUAAGCGACUCAGGUCGGGCCCUCAUCAGGAACUGUCGAAGCUGGAUCAAGCUUUUCAUCGAGCUCUUGAAGAACAAGAAUAGUCAAGACCAAAUCCAGGAUUUUAUCUGGUACACUACAAAGUCUCGCAUCUCCCUCGAUGUCGACGACAUCGCCUACUCGGCGUCAAAGGUCAAAGCUCGGGCUGAUGCUAAAGCGGCUUACGAGAGCUUCCGCACUGUUGGCAGUCUUCUUCUGACCAACGCCGAUUUCAGACUAUUUGUAAAUGAUGUCGCCACUAUUGGGAGGGAAGUCCUAGCAGACACAGCGUUCUCGUUGUCCUCGGCCGCGGAGAAGACAGGGAAACAGCUCGAACUCUCUGAGCAGGAGCAGCAAACAGUCGCAAAGCCUGGAGCAGACGAAAACAGCUUACCCUCGAAGCAAGAGUUGCAGGAGAACGCUGAAGACACAACCAAAGUGAUUGGAUCAGAGGUAGCAAAGGUUGGCCAAGACGCGAUUGAAAGUGCCAAAGAGCACUUUGGUGGAUCGCAGAAGGAUACCUUGCUCUACCGCAUAAAGCAAGUGAUUCUUCGAUUGAGGAGCAGGACGGACUACAAUGAUUCUGUUUCCACGAUUUCGAAGCUGAUCCAGCGUUAUGCCAUUGCGUACUCUCGCGUCGCAGAUACCGCUAUUUCCACUGCACAAGAGGAUGUCGACACAAAUCCGGCUCUGGACCGAGCAGUGCGGAACUUCUGGGGCUUCGUCAGUAGCUUUGGUGACGCCAAGGCAUGGGAGCAGCUGGAGCAGGACUUCAACAAAGUCAUGGGUCAUGCGAAGUCAGAUCCCCAGUUUGAGAAGUUCAUGGUUGAGGUUGGAAAUGCAGUGCAACGAAUGUUGACCGACCCCGACUUUUUUGACAAUGCGGACGAAAAACUCCAAGAAUUGAAAGAGAAGAGUAACAAGCUCGGCAGCGAAUCCGAGUUCCGCACGGACUUCGACAAGAUGCUGAGACAGGCUCAAGUCACCAUCAACUCUGUGAUCGAAGACAAAGAUGUCAAUGGACUCCUCCUGGCAACGAAGCGCAUCUACAACAUUCUGACUCCUCCAAACAAGAUAACCAAUCCCGACCUCAUCACAGACUCGAUCCACAUCUUCCUUCCGUUGUUGAUCCGUAGUGUCCAGUACAUCCCGAUCCCGCGCGUGGAAGUGUCCGUGCCGGAAAUGGACCUGCUGUUGGAGAAUCUGGUGCUUGAGCCUGGCCGCAACGUCAAUUCGACAUCUUUCCUGCCGUAUCGUCUCCUCGUCUCCACCAAGAAUGAUAUCGAAAUUCGCAAGACCCACUCGAGAAAGACUGUCUCCACCACCAAAUCCCUGGUGACUAUCUCCAUCAAUGGCCUAAGCGUUGCGGCGCAAGACCUUGGCUUCUGGAUCCGUGGACAUGCAGGUCUGAUCCACUUUGCCGAUGAGGGUAUUGCGAGCUUUUACCUCGACGAGCGCGGUAUCGAUGUUUCCCUGGACCUGGAGAUCGGUCGUGAGAAGCUUGAGCAGAUUCUGACUCUCCGUGGGGUCAGAGUGCAUAUCCAUAAGCUUGAUUAUGACCUGCGCAAGUCGAAGCUGUCAUGGCUAGGCUGGCUCUUCAAGCCACUGCUCAAGCAUCUGGUCAGACGUUCACUCGAGAAAGCUCUCGCUGAAAACAUUGUCAAUGCCCUUCGCGCCGCGAACCGCGAGCUGGUCUAUGCUCGAGAACGGCUGCGUGCGACACGUAUUGCGGACCCGCAAGAUGUCAUGACGUUCUUGAAAGCCGUGAUGGCACGAUUGACGCCGGAGGAAGACCCAGACCUUUACACGCGCGUUGGUGUCGACGCUCCUAAACAAGGCGUCUUCAAGAACCGGUAUACUCCUGGAAGCAUCGUCAAGCUAUGGCAUGAAGAAGCUCUGAGAGCGGAAGAAGUGGUCCAGGAUGGAGAGGAGAGAGGCGGUGGCUGGAGAAACGACAUUUUUGACACGCCUGUUCAAACACUAUGA